AGGUCGCCCAAGAGGAAGAGCCGGUCCGGGCGGAGGAGCCGGUCCCCGCGCGGCAGGAGGAGCCGCAGCCCGCACCACGCCGCCGUGAAGGUGAAGCAGGAGCGAGAUGAUCAUUGUCGUAGAGGAAAUGAGGAGCGAAAGCAGAGACACCCAUCAGAACAAGAACACAGGAGAGAGAGAAGUGGUGACAGAGAUAGAUACAGAGACCACUCAGACAGAAAGAAGAAUCCAAACGAAAGGCCUGGAGGUCGAGGCCACGAGCGAGAGAGGGAUGUUCAGAACAUCCGUGAGCAGCAAGCAGAAAGGGAGUUUUAUAACGAGAGAAGACGAGAGCAUCGACAAAAUAAUGAAGGCAGUGGUGUUGACCAGAAUCCAGAACUCGGGCAAUCUGAUAAAAAACCUAAAGAAAAAGCUUCUGUAAACAAAGAGAAGCCAAGCUUUGAACUGUCUGGUGCGCUUCUAGAGGAUACCAACACGUUCCGAGGUGUUGUGAUUAAGUACAGCGAGCCCCCCGAAGCUCGGAUUCCGAAGAAGCGAUGGCGCCUCUAUCCCUUCAAAAAUGAUGAGUUUCUCCCCGUCAUGUACAUUCACAGGCAGAGUGCUUAUCUUCUGGGCAGGCACCGCAGAAUCGCAGAUAUUCCAAUUGACCACCCCUCCUGCUCAAAGCAGCAUGCUGUGUUUCAGUACCGGCUUGUGGAGUACACUCGUGCCGAUGGUACCGUUGGCCGCAGAGUAAGGCCCUACAUCAUCGACCUGGGCUCUGGGAACGGCACUUUUCUAAAUAACCAGCGGAUUGAACCUCAGCGUUAUUAUGAACUAAAGGAAAAGGACGUACUGAAGUUUGGGUUCAGUAGCAGGGAAUAUGUUCUUCUCCAUGAAUCUUCAGAUAAAUCUGAGGCCAACGCAAAGGACGAUGAUGAUGAGGAGGAGAAGGAGGAAGAGUCUGACAGUUAACAGAUGAGGAGGAAGUUGAGGGGGGCAGGGGAGAGAAAUUCUUUGCAGUUGAACAUGCGUUGGGAUGUAAACAUUGGAGCAUCGCAGCACAGAUGCCUCUUAUUGCCUUAAAGUCCGUUUUCUGUUGCUG